GUUAAUAUAGUUAAUAUGUGCUAGGAAGACACUGAUUUAGGUGAGACUGUUCUGACCCCGGGGGAUUCGCCCUAUGCUAUAUGUAUUUAUGUAUGCGAGAGGCACUGCUCUGUAACCGAGUCUGAAGACAAAGAACUCUGCUAGCUCAUAAACAGAUUCCAGAUAAAGUUGGUGGGCACAUCACAGCUUAAUGAUGCAAAGCACCCCAAACUACCUGUGGGAAUUAUCAGAUAUUUUGGGGCAAGGAGCCACAGCCAGUGUGUACAAGGCACGGAACAAGAAAACCGGUGAAGAAGUAGCAGUGAAGGUAUUUAAUAACCAUAGCUAUCUUCGACCAUAUGAAGUGCAGAUGAGAGAGUUUGAAAUGUUGGGGAAACUGAAACACGUUAAUAUUGUUAAGCUUUUUGCGGUGGAAGAGACGGGCACCACUAAGCAGAAAGUUCUGAUCAUGGAAUACUGCUCCAGCGGAAGUUUACUGUCUGUUCUAGAGGAGCCAGAGAAUGCCUACGGCCUGUCUGAAUCAGAGUUCCUGAUUGUGGUGGAUUGUGUAGUUGCUGGGAUGAACCACCUCCGACAGAAUGGGAUAGUGCACAGGGAUAUUAAACCAGGGAACAUAAUGCGCCUGAUUGGGGAGGAUGGAAGGAGCAUCUACAAACUGACCGACUUUGGGGCGGCUCGAGAGCUUGAAGAUGAUGAAAAAUUCAUGUCUAUUUAUGGCACAGAGGAGUACCUGCAUCCUGAUAUGUAUGAAAGAGCUGUACUAAAGAAACCUCACCAGAAAGUGUAUGGGGUCACUGUUGACCUGUGGAGUAUUGGGGUCACCAUUUACCAUGCAGCCUGUGGGAGCCUUCCCUUCAUCCCUUAUGGAGGUCCCAGACGGAACAAGGAGACAAUGCACAAGAUGACAACUGAAAAGCCAGCAAAGGCCAUUGCAGGAAUACAGAGGAAAGAGAAUGGCGCCAUUGAGUGGUUCUAUGAGCUACCGAUUACUUGUCGCCUGUCUGUGGGACUGAAGACUCCGUUGCAAUCCAUUCUACCCAGCAUUCUGGAAGCCGACCAAGAAAAAUGUUGGGGAUUUGAUCAGUUCUUUGCAGAAACCAACAACAUACUAGAGAAGAUGGCUGUCCAUGUAUUUUCCUUAAUGCAGGCAAGCAUGCACAAAAUCUACGUCCAUGCAUACAACAGUGUGGGCAUAUUUUUGGAAGCAGUGUGUAAACAGACUGGUGUAGACCCCCAAGUCCAGAGAUAUUUCUAUGAGGGACAUCCAUACCACAUGGAUCCGAACUUGCAGAUCCAGCUUGUGUCUAGGACUACAGAGCAGUGUCCGUUCCUUAUGAUGAGCAGCGAAUGCGAUGAUCCCAAAGGUGUCCUCUACAAAGACCCUGCCUUGGACUACCCAAAAUUCCAGCCCAGCAUUGAUGUUAUUUUUGACUGUGUCAGUGCAAAGAAUGCCGUGAGCGUUGUAUAUCAAACAAUAAGAGUGUCUCAGUCAUUGGUCAAAUGUCAAGAGUUUAUCCUUCGAGGGACCUACUGGCUCAUAGAGAAUAUAAGCAUGGAAUGUCGCCGAAUCCAGGAGAAGUUGUCGUCAGUGGGUUCCAUCUUCAGCUGCUUGAACAACUAUGAUAGCCAAACCAUGCGACUGUACAGCUCAGUCCCCAAGGGAAAUCGUGACUCUUAUGAACAAGAGCAAGAGGAGGAGAGUCUCAGAAAACGACAGUCUAUCGGUAGUAUCCUGUCUAAUAGCUCCCAUAUCUCAGAGAUGGAGGUUAUACUGGGAAACAUGCAACUUGAAAUUGCAGAAGGACAGGAUCAGAUACUGGUCGAUACAAGCAUCAACAGAAUGGAACAUUGUCUGCAGAAAAUUCUGCUGAUAUACAAGCAAUUUAAGAAGAGAAGAAUUGAGCCAUUGCUUGGUUACAAUGAGAAGCAAAUUCACAAACUGGAUAAGCUAAACUUUGCACUUUGGGCCAAGAAAGUUCUGACCAUAUUCCAAGAGGUUACAGACAAAUAUCGUUCUGCUUUGGCUGCACAUACCAAAAGGAUGGGGAGCAUUUUAAACACUGAACAGCAUUUAAUGUUGGUGAAUGGACACCUGGGCACCUGCAUCAGGGAACUACGGAGCUACGAGGAGUUUGUAAAUAAUGCCAUAAAUAGAUUGACUCAGAAGAUCCAGAUAGCUUCAGUUCAAACAACUCAGAACACACCUUACCUUAGCCAUGUGCCAGCAGAUUUCAGUCUAAGGUUGUUGCAGCUCAGAGAACAGAUGAAAUCAGUGUCUUCAGAACUGGAGCAGAACAAUACGUUUAUAGAGAGAUUGGGCAGUGCCUUACCUCACGAUGUUUGAAAACUGAGCCGUAAUUCAACAUUUUUUUUUCUUACCAAUCCUAAAAAGUAUAUGAACCAGUAAAUAUGUGGACUUAUAUAACAUCAAAUGAAUAGACUCUGGAAGAAAUAGUGUAUAACGAUGUAGCUAUUUUCAUUUGUGAAGAAACAUAAUCAAUAAGUUGCUACACAGUGAAUUCAGAAGUGAUAGUACAGCUGUGUCUGUGUUGAUGUCAGCGACAAAGCGAAUGCUGCUUGGAGAACGACCAAUCUAGCAAAGACAAAAGCAUAUUCUCACUUUUCCUAGAAGAUGACUUUUAGCGCUCUUCAUGGCUGGAGCCAGUGUGAUUGCAGACAAAUGCAGUGUCUCUUAGGAAGACACUUUGUUCUUUUGUAAACUACAGUAUAUUAAACUAAACUUGUCUUUCCUGUGGAAAGAAGACUGUUUAUAAAGGUGUCUUUAUUGAUAACUGUGCUGUAAUGCUAAAUUUAGGGGUUUUUGUUGUUUUUUAAUCUACUGUAAAAACUUAAAGCCCGGGUUUUUUUCUUGAGAAAAUCACGGCCAAAAUGUGUUUUAAAUGAGGAAUAAUUGUUUAGAUUUUUUUUAGCCCAUGUUUAAAGGGACAUGAAACCCAACUUUUUUCAUGAAUCAGAUAGAGCAUAUGAUUUAAAGCAACUUUCUAAUUUACUUCUAAUACCAAUUUUUAUUCUCUUGGUACUGUUUGUUAAAAAACAGGGACAUAUUCUGGAGCACUAUGGGGCAGCAGUUCUGCAAGAAUGUUAUCAAUUUACAAGAGCACUAUUUCCUGCCAUGAUGUAACGCUCCAGAUGCCUACCUAGGUAUCUCUUAAACACAGAGUAUCAGGGGAACAAAGCAAAUUUGAUAAUAGAAGGAAACUGGAAACUUUUUUAAAAUUGAAUGCUCUGUCUGAAUUACAAAAUUCAUUUUUGGGUUUCAUAUCCCUAUAAGUCUAGUCUUGUUAGAGAGGGAUGCUUAACAGCGUACCGGUGACCUGUAUAGAACUUUAUAGAUUUUAAUAAAAUUUUAAGGGACAUUGUAAUACAAACAUGUAUGUGCUCUAAUUGAUUAAACACAUAGGUAAAGUCCCACAGGUCACAACCAGUGACUAAAUUAGGAGCAGCAAUUUCAAGCUUCUGAUAAUUACCAGCCAUUUUCUAUUUAAGAGACGAAGCACACACAGUUUUUAAGCAAUAGUUAAAUACAUAUUAAAGGUACAGUAAAUUCAAAAGUAAACUUAAAUGGAUUGAACAGGUCAUUACAUUUUAAGCAAAUUUCCAGUUUAAAUUUUUUUAUACAUUUUGCUUGAUGUCCUUUCUUAAAGAGUAAUUGUAGCUUAGGAGUGUUCACCUGUUUUUAUCCAUCUGGCAGCAAUGUUUAUAGCAAUGUUGUACAUAGUUGCAAACACUGCUGCCAUAGACUGCUAUAGAUAUAUUUACUCUCCUAAGCUACCUCGAUUUACUCUUUCACAAAGGAUACCACAAGAACAAAGCAAACUUGAUAAUAGAAGUAAAUUGAAAAGUUAUUUAAAAUUGAAUUUAAUGCGCUGUCAUGAAAGUUUAGUUAUAACUUUAGUGUCCCUUUAAGAUAGUCAGUAAUGCAUAAAUGACAUGCUCUAAUAACACUUACUAAUAUAUCACUUUUCUCCUGGUUUAAACAUCAUACAUUUACAUACUAGGGUUAGAAAUGAGAUUUUAUAGUAUUGAAAGGUCUGUGUAACAAAUCCAGGGAUGUGGCUUCUUUCACUGUGCUGGGGAGAGUGCUCUAUAGAGGUGGGGUAAAAGCUGAAGCGCAACAGUUUGUUAAUUUUUUAGCACAUAUAACUUCAUUUAAAUGGCUGGGCCCCUGAUCAUGCAGUGCUUAUAAGACAGCAGGGCAAUAUUGAAUAGUAUUUGCCAUAUUAUUGGCUACUAGUUUAGAGAAUAGAGGAUGGGUGUCGUGGCAAACUUUUGGCUGUCCAGUUAGGAACCUUACUGCUGCAUAUUGUGCCAACUGAAGGCAAUAGGGGUAGAUAUUCUUUAUUCAUAAUAAAGUGCUUUGCAUUAGUCCAGAUGCCAUUUCAGAGCAUGUCUUUUUGCAUUAGAAUGUACCUUUAAGAAUCCUUCUGGCAGCAUCAAUAAAAAGGAGGUGGUUAUAAUGAUUAUUGUCACUAGUGGAGUAGGAUGAUAAAAUACCAGAUCAUAGGAAGCCUUUGUAAAUAUGAAAAAACUAUCUAAUAAUGAGGUUUCUCAGAAAUGGGCAUAUGCUAUAUGGGGAUGAUUAUCAGAUUGACAGAGUCUGUAAGCUGUGCUGUAUGUUUUCACCAAAAUAGCAACCAAUUGCUUUGGAAUAAAGUAUUUUUAAAUAAAAAGCAAAAAACUGA